AUGCUACAAACAACCGGACAAGGAAAUGAGCCUAAAAUGCGAACAUUCCGAGGAUUAAAACGGGAUGCAGCUCAACGGUUAACUAAAGAUCCUAUGAAAUCAGCCAAUUUAUCGGAAAGUGUGCCAACGAUGACGUAUGAUGCUACAAAAGAAAUGAAUGAAAUAUUUCAUCCAACAAGCAAACGUGACCAAGUUUUAUCCAACGAAGUAAUGGAUCGUCUUGUCCCGUUACUAGAACAACAUCAACAAACGGAUGUUCCACCAUCAACAUUCAAACAACGAGUAUCUGUCGAUACAGGUGAUACGGACAUAUUAGCAUCGCUAUUUAAUUCGGAACGUUUAUCACUUCCUCCUAUGCCAUUACAAAGUCAAAUUCCUUUAACACAAUUGAUUUGA